AUGCGUUUGGAGGGAUCCGAAUUUCCUGAGCGCCCAAAAGCUGAUCCGGCUCUGCCGCCCGAAAUGCUGCGCUAUGUUAAAGGCUUGCGUCUCCAUGAGGGCAUUCUUCCAGUGCUGUACCGUGCAAAAUCGCUUUUUGGCCAAGAAGCCCGCUUGGAGUCCGUCCACAUGGAGGUUCCAUUACCGGAACGUACUGAUCUCCAUACGAUCACAUUAGAUCAAUUCGCGGUCAACGUUCUCACGGAGAAACGCCACGUGGAUAUUUUCCAUCUCCUGAUCGGAGAUUUCGUCUGGGUAUGCAUGAAGGUUCACCGCACCGUGGUGACGGUUAAUAGAAACCGUCUGAAUUCCGACGUAGACCACAAAUCUACAGCCGAAUUCGUUCAUAACGGCGCCUUUUCGCCCGCGUCAGCUGGACUAUAUGCUAUUCGCCUGAGAACCGACACCAAUCGCGUUCAACCACUCAUCAUCGACAGCGCAUACGGAGCCGGAAAGUCCCUUUGUACAGCACUCAUAGCCAUCGAAGCCGUACAGCGCGGGAAGGUUGUCCUAAUAGCGGCCGUACAAAACACGGCCCUGGACGUUAUUUGCGCAAAACUUGCUCAAAUGGAUACACCAGAUGUACGUCCAGUACGAUACGUAAGUGAGACCCUGGCCCGGGAUGCUAUCCGCUCCGGCCUGUAUGACCUGGCCAGUCUGAUGGAACAUAUGCCGCAGAUCCACGCCGAGAAAAUGGACGACUAUGAAAAGAACGCUUUCAGCGCUUCCGCAGACCCCCGCCGACGUCUGCGCGAAUCCAUCUUCAGCGGCGUGGAGCGCACUCUCAUGGCAUCGGAGCACAAGACGCUCCUUUCCCUCGAACAGGCCAAUUCGGAGCGCAUCAAAACGCUCAUGACGAGGUUUCCGGACGCCACAUAUAACCUCGUCGGUGACAGUAACCAGUUGCCACCCUACAUCGGCACACAAAGGGCACCGCUCGCGGUCACCCUUUUCUCGCGAUCCGUCCUGGACGUAGCUAGGCGCGUUGGCAAUCCCCCAACGUGCAAGAUCAGCACCGUGUAUAGGCCGCAUCCGAACAUGAUGGAGCUCAACCCGCGCAUCUUCUACAACGGCGAGUUGGUCUGCGGCACUACCAAAGAGGCCCGCCUCGCGCUUCUCAACCGGGUCUGGAUGCUCAACCCGGACCUUCCGAUCGCUUUUAUUAAUAUCAUCGGCGAAUCGGUACAGUCGGUGACGGGAUCCCAGAACCCCGUCGAAGCUCGCCAGUUGCCGCCAUCGUUCGACUCCUUUUAG